AGCACCAAGCUGCAGUACGGACUGUAACGUGUAUCACUGAACAAAAAUGAAAGCACUUAAACGAUUUAGUCAACUUGAGUUUCGUGUCCUUUUUUCAGCACCUACGCUUCCACCUCCAGCAUCUAGCUCCGCGUGCAAGCUUCAAUGCACGGUUGCCAUGGACCACCUCGAAGAGGGGGAAGUACCGAACCAUGCAGCAAGAGACUUCAGGGCAACGCCGAAAAGAAAACGAAGGAGACGGAAAGCUGAUGAUCAGAGUAUUUUUGCUGAAUGUGGAUUUCCCUGGUCAGAAAAGACAACAGUGGAUGAACUUGAAAAACACAUUUCCAACAGCAAGGUUUAUGAUAAAGAUGGCAUCAUCGCGCUGAACAAGCCAGCUGGCAUUCCAGUAACAGCCGGCAGUCAAGAUAAUCUUGUCAGUGUUGUAGAAAUCCUGCCUAAGCUGGUUGAGGCUAUCGGCAAACCAGCGGCAGAGAUUGCCAAAGCUGCAAAAAAGGAAUCUUCGGGACUGCUCCUACUUGGUGAGGAUAAGCAGACAGCCAAUGCUUUAAGUGAUGCAUUCCUGAUGGCUCGGCGUAGAAACCAACUCAUCAGGAAGUACUGGGCCUUAACUGUUGGGAUACCUUCACCCGUUCAAGGAACCAUUAACCUUCCAAUUGGUGCAGAGAAAAUUGGAGAUCAGACUUUGAUGGUUCCCAAAAGGGACGCUUCAAAGGGUAGCUUUGAACGUAAGGAGGUGUUUCCCUGCAGGACGGAGUACCGGGUAUUGUCAGCCAAUCACGACUUGAAUUGCUGUCUUCUGGAACUCCAGCCUCUGAAAUUGCAGAACCAGCAGUUUCAGGUGCACCUGAGCAACAAGCUUUGCAGUAUCCUAGGUGACCGACUCUACUCCAAUCAGAUCCGAGACAUCCUCGGGGUACCAGUGUUGGUGGAUCCCCACCGUGCAGCCAUAGGGACGCAGAAUAUACCUGAGGGUGUCCAGAAAGUCCUGGGCUUGAGGGCACAGCACAUGUCACGGUUACCAUUGUUCCUUCACUGGUACCAAGUCACCCUGCCCAAAUGGCGCCAGAAGAGGGAUGUCAGCAUCCAGGCAACACCCCCUGGGUAUUUUAUGGAAGCUGUGAAAAGACUGGGGCUAUCAGCCGGGGCGUGCGGGACAUUGUGAGGAACGGCAGCGCGUGGAAAUGACUGAAAUCUGUGUCGUAAUGCAACUAUGAGAUCUCUCUCUCUCUCUUCAAAAUGACCAGUGCGCCUCAUCAUGGACAGGGAGCUGGCUAUCAAUGUGAGACACUCAUUCAGUGAGAGCACUUUAACAUCUGUAUUGGUCGUACAGAUGCAAUCAAAAUUUGAAACCUACUGUUUCUAGUCAAUCAUUGGAAAUUCUACAGGCACCAACGGCAUAUGCCCAAUACUUUUACCUAAGAAUACAUUAGUGUUGUGAAUAUCCUGUUGACAGAGGCAUUGGAUUUAAACUUUAUAACCAUGUACUCCAUUAACAUCAGCAAUGGUAUGGCUCCUUCAAGGGGGGGUGUUGAACACAAAUAUCUCUGUGGUCUUUUCCCAACUCGCAUCGCAGCGAGAUGAAUAUUCUUAGAUGUAGAGUGUAUAGCUGGAAAGGAAUAAAAUGUGUACCCUCGGUGGUUUUCCGAAAUCAGAUCUUGGUUCACGAGAGUGACGCAAGGAGAUAUGAUUUAUCUGAGUGUAGUUGGGCUAUAAAGCUUGUCAAUUACUGGUUAUCCUGACAUCUGAUACAUAUUCGGGCCCACAUACGCCAACUGGCAUUGAAUAGUCGUAAUUAUUUUGAAGUAAAUUACCAGGAAGAUUGCAAAAAGGGCUAGAUUCAUACCGAGAGUGCCAUUUUGUACUGAUCAGAUUUCUUGAGACUUAGUAAAUUCCUUGAACUUAG